AUGCCUCAAGCUCAGCCAGAAUUGAAGAAGUAUAUGGAGAAGCGGGUAUUCUGCCAACUGAACGGCAACCGCAAAGUCAUUGGCAUCCUGAGAGGUUACGAUGUCUUUAUGAACAUCGUUCUUGACGAGGCUUUCGAAGAGAAGCAAGGUGGAGAGAAGGUCGCUAUCGGCAUGGUGGUUAUUCGCGGUAACUCGGUUGUCAUGCUCGAGGCUCUGGAGCGGAUAAGCGAAAAAUAA